UACGAAAAAUMAUARCUAUCAAGUUGAGCAACGAGAAUCAUUUUUCAUUGCGGAUGUUUUCCAGGUGAUCUUCUUUGUCUMUCGGCAUUCCUGUUUCAUCGCGAACAGCGACGUUGGUUAGAAUUAUUCGAAUCAUAUUAUUGUAAUAUAUCGAUCUGUCGAUCUCCGGCUAGUAUCUCAYCAUCGAGGGUGGUAAAUUCAAUGGCGCUUUCAAGAUUGUCGGCGGUAACAAUGUCUCCGCGAACCAAAUUUUGUCGGUGCAUCAUAUCUCUAUUUUUGCUGAACUUCACUUCGUUGAUGACGACGAUAGAAUCAUUCGUCGUGGUUCCUCCGACUUCCGAUUUCAAUGGUGAGAAACGACGGUUCAUCGACACCGUUGCUAGAACCAAGAACAUUAUAUCUUUAUGCUCGAGAAGCACCGGUUACGAUGAUUUCAAGYCCAUAGAUCUGCGUUCAAUUCCAAACAGACCCUUCGAUAACGAAAGCAAGUACAACGUUUCUCUCCUCGUCAUUGAUCAUUACGAUUCAUUUACCUAUAAUUUGGUGGAUAUGCUCUCACAGUUAACGGUAGAUCCUCCGACUGUUGUGGCCAAGGAUGCAUUCGAGGCCGCUGCUCGAGGAGAUCUCACGUCRUAUUUCGAGACAUUCGAUGGGAUUGUACUGUCGCCAGGACCUGGCACGCCCCAAGAACAACCACUUCUGUCUCAUUUGGCGAUCUCAGAAAAUCCCGAUCUUCCAAUUCUAGGAGUGUGUCUUGGUCAUCAACUGAUGUCCUURGCCUAUGGCGCUAUGGUAGAUAGAGCACCUGUUCCGAUUCAUGGGCAGGAUCAUCAAAUCGUACAAGAGGACCCAUGGGAAUACGAUUUCUCUAGAAAAGCAGCACAUUCUAAAGAAUCGACACAUCCUUCCUUGUUUCAAAAGCUUCCUUCUAGCUUCCGCGUCGUUCGAUAUCAUUCUCUCUGUGCCUACGAUUUACCCGACUGUCUUGUGGUCACUGCCAGGAGUCGUGAUAACGUUGUGCAAGCCAUUCAGCAUGCAUCGAAUCCUCACUAUGGUGUUCAAUUUCAUCCAGAAAGUAUUGGGACCGAAAAUGGCCUAGCACUUCUGGAGAACUUUGUGCGUAUAACUGMAAAGCAUAAAGUUGAUAAGCAAAAGGGUAUUGAAGAGAGCAGUUUAGUCCGAGAGACAUCCAAACCAUUGCAAUCAUCCCUCUCAAAAGCCAAAAUUUCGGAUUCGGAUACGCAACUCUCGUCUCGAUUUCGAGUCAUGGUGCAUCGGCUACCUYCUGAGUUUUCGAGUUUUUCUCCCUUGUGGGUCUUUGAAGAAUUUUACGCGCRGAAAUCCCACACCAUUUGGCUGGAYAGUUCCUCCUAUCAGACGGGGCGUGGAGAAUUGGAUAUUUUGGCAGCGCCUUCUCGAGUGGAUGAUAUCAUUGAAUAUCACAUACAAGAAAACGAUGGGAAUGAGAAUGACAUUUUAAGUCGUCUUGAGAAACAACUCUUUGAUACUGAGAGCCAUGACUUCACUUCAUGUAACAACAUUGGAUGGGUCGAGUUUGACGAAAAUAGUCCUGCCUUAGAUUGGGUGAAAGAAAACGACGAAAAUUUUUUAGAGAUCUUACCCUUCAAUUAUCGUGGCGGGUUUUUAGGAUUUCUUGGCUACGAAGUUCGGCACGACACGCAACGAUACCUACAGGAACUCGAGGGGGGCGUCUUUAAUAAUGGRAAAACAGGUAGAACUAGCAAAGAGGAGCAAAUCGGGCCUAAUGAUAACGAGAACGAWAAGAGACGAGUUCCAACCGCAGCUUUUUUCUUAGCGCGACAAAGCAUGGUUUACCACCACCCCACAAAUAMAUGGUACUUGAUUGGACUCGCAGAAGAAGACAGCGAUAUCGAGGAAAAUAUUGCAUGGAUGAAACAARUCGACGCAGAUUUGAAACUGGCCACUGACAAAUGCUCGACCAGUACUARAGUGAGUUGUUUUUCGAAUCAGUCUCAARAAAUAGAUCGGCCGCCGCUUGAGUUUGUUCCAAACAGACCAAAGGAAACAUAUAAAGAGGACGUUGCAAGAUGUCAUGAAUACAUUAAGAAGGGGGAUUCUUAUGAGCUGUGUCUUACAAACCAGCUUGAAACAAGCAUCUCGGGUCCAAACGUUUCUUCAUUUGAUCUUUACAAAAUCAUUCGAGAAGUAAAUCCAGCACCGUAUUCAUCCUAUUUUCGUUGGAACAUUGCAUCAAAAAGAAGAAACGAGUGGGAAAGAGCGGUAGAUGUACCGUCUUCUACUUCUGUAGUGAUAUGCUCCUCUUCUCCUGAACGUUUCAUGAGUGUCUCGCGGCACCAACCGCAUCCCGAAAUACCACCCRUUCUGCAAGCUGAAGCGAAACCCAUCAAAGGGACAUGUGCCCGCGUCAUGCCUAAGAAUGGGGUAUGUCUUACCAACGCCGAGACCAGGGAAGACGAUAGACGAGCCCGAUCUCUCGAAUUAUCCUUGAAGAACCGAGCAGAAAAUCUSAUGAUUGUGGACCUUUUGAGAAACGAUAUGAGUAGAGUGUGCAAGCCCGGAAGUGUGCAUGUCUCGAAGCUGAUGGAUAUCGAAUCCUUCGCCACCGUUCACCAAAUGGUAUCAACGAUUCGCGGAACACUUUCGGAUUCGUGUAACUCCAUUGAUUUGCUAAGAGCAUCCUUUCCUGGAGGAAGUAUGACUGGAGCACCGAAAAUGCGCACCAUGGAAAUCCUUCAAGAUCUCGAGGAGAACUGUGACCGUGGUCCAUAUUCUGGAUCUCUAGGAUAYAUAAGCGUCAAUGGCUGCAUGGACAUGAACAUAAUGAUUCGAUCUGCCACGAUCACUCCAGCUAAAAAGAAAACCGAAUGGAAAAUUAGCAUCGGCGCCGGUGGAGCCAUUACUGCACUUAGCGAAGCAGAGGACGAGUACGAUGAAAUGUUACUGAAGGCGAGAGCCGUGAAAGAGGCAGUGCAGAAAUGGGCAUCGUCAAUUCAAAUCGAUAAGCAGAUUUUCGAUACAGAAGCUGCAGCACAGAAUUCGACAGGUAUCUCUGUCAAAUCAUAGCAUUUGUCUCAUUACGGUAGAAUUAUUAUUAUUACUACUACUAGUAGUUCUAUCUCUUUGUCUUUACCGUACAACUACUAUGAAUAGUACUAGUAGUAGAAACAUGAUUUGUGUACUCUUUGCAGGUACGAGUACCUUUGUUCGUGUUGGUCGAUUGACACUAAACAAUGAAUCUUGGCGAAUCUUGGCAYACCGGUACCUGUACCCUAGAUUACUCAGUUGAAUCUUUUUCGCGCAUCGGCGCGGCAAGUUAGACUGACUUCUUUGACACCUCGUCGUACCAAGUACCGUACUGCAGCGUCUUUUCUGUACCAUUAAACCUGAUUUUCCCCCCGCAGUUUUUUACGUAUUGAUUAACCAUACCUGUGUAUUUUGAUGAUGGAUGUGCUGGAGAUGGAUCCUCCUGACUGGUUUGCGUGUCAAYCAAAGAGAUCACCUCGUCAUUUGUUUUAUCAAACACUGCCCGCUGCACAAAUAAAACCGUAGAAAGAACUGCGAACAAUAUUUUAUCUCAUCAUGACUGCCAAGGAGACCGAUCCUCUUGUGUCGUCAGAAGCAGGUCUAGGCGCAGCUCGCGCUGCCAGUGCUCCCCAACCUCUGUUGACUCGCAUCAAGGAAACUCUCUCGCUCUUUUGGUAUUUGGGUUUCAUUGCGUUUGGGGGUCCAACUGCCCACGUUGCUAUCCUUCGUGACCACUUGGUCAGUGUGAAUAACUUUAUCGACGAGGAUGUGUUUACCGAGUUGUUCGCUCUCGGUAAGUCGCCUAGAAUAUAUCAUAAUGUAGUUCAUGGUGUAGCAAAUAAUUAUAUAUUGUUGAUGUCAAACGAUUUCUAGUGCACUAGAAAUUUGAACUAUUGUUAUUAACAUUUUACUGUAUUGGUCUGUAUUCCGGUCUCUCCGUUCUGACACCUUUGUUUCAACAUGUAUGUUACAGGUCAGGGACUUCCGGGUCCAAGUUCUACUCAGCUGGUCAUUUCGACAGCUUCUACUCACGGCGGAGCYAUUUCUGGAGUGAUCGCCCUUAUCUUUUGGGCUCUACCGGGAUUCACAGUGCUCACACUCUCUGGUAUGUUUCUAUACAAUUUCAUCGAUAAAGCCAAUCCUCCGAUUUGGCUUCUGGGAAUUCCUCCGGCUGCCAUGAGUUUGAUUUUCAAGGCUUCCUUCAAGUUCGUCCAGAAGCUUGACAAGUUUGGGAUCGGAAUCGGUAUGGUGAGUAAAGAAAUAGUAUUCCUCUCGUCUCCAAACGACCAAUUACUUUUUUCAUUUAAGUUCAGUUCUCUGCSGUUAUGUUCUAUUAACGUUUCAUUUUUUCAAUUCUAUCCAUCAACACCRAAAAUAGGUAGCAUGUGCUGUUGCUGUCAUG